GUCGCUCAGCACCCACACGACCACUCCAAACAAGGCUGCCAUCUUGUUCCUCUUACGCCCGAUAUCCAAGUCAAGCUAAGAGGCUAAGCCAUGCUGUGCAAGGCAACAUGCGCAUUUUCCUUGGGGCCACGCGGCGGACACGCCCAGCUGUGGCAAUCCACAGCCACUCUUUGAGUUUUGGGUGACUCUUCUUUCUGAAGUCCCGGUCUUCCAUAAAACCCACUUCCCCCGUAGUUUUGUAUCUCCUGUCUAGCCAGAUAUCGUUUAUACAAAGUUAUAGUCUUCCCACCUUGUCAAGCCUCGUCGUUUGGAACGACACCCAGUGCCAUCCACCAAAUUGCCAGUAACACCAAGACUCCCUCUCCACCCCCGCCCCGCCAUGGUCACACGCCUCGAGCUUGCCGUGGAUGCCCAAGAGCUCGCCGGCGAGCAGCGCGCCCUCCUCGACUUAAUCGACAAGCUGCAGUUUGCCCAGCUCGAAAAUGUCAAGCUACCGCAAAUCGUUGUCGUCGGUGACCAGAGCGCCGGAAAGAGCUCCGUGCUGGAGGCUAUCACCGGCACCCCUUUCCCCCGAGAUUCCGGGGCCUGUACGAGGUUUGCUACCGAGAUCCGCCUCCGGAGGGCGCCCGAACCGAGUAUCACCGUCUCCGUCAUCCCGGAUAAGAACCGCAGCUUCCCGGAGCAGGAGAGGUUAAGCCAGUUCGGCGGAACCGUCAACACCGGGAUGCCCUUUGAGCAGCUGAUGAGGAGCGCUGUCGAACUCAUCGCACCCAAGAACAUCCCCGGCCGUUUCGCCGCCCGCGACAUCCUAGUGGUCGAGAAACGGGGCCCGGAUAUGCCACUCCUGACCUUGGUUGACUUGCCAGGGCUCGUCCGGAACGCGAACAACGACCAGUCUCUCGAAGACAUCAGGACAAUCGAGUCACUCUCGGACCGCUACAUGAAGAGCUCACGGACCAUUAUCCUUGCCGUCGUGGGCGGUAAUUCCGACUACGUCCAAGCCCCGAUUCUUACCAAGGCUCGCCACUUCGACCCCAACGGAUCCAGAACUAUCGGGGUCCUAACCAAGCCAGAUCUCACCGAGUCGAUCGGCCUGGAGGACAAGUUCAUCGAUCUUGUCAAGAAUAAGGACAAGCGUAACGACUUCAAGCUCGGCUGGUACGUCUUGCUGAAUCCAGGGCCCCGGGACCCCGGUCAACCCUGGCCAACGGCCGAAGACCGCCGUCGAAGUGAGGCGCUUUUCUUCAACAGUGGGAAAUGGAGCACCAUCCCAGAAUCCAUCUGCGGCGCCAGCGCAUUGAUGCGGAAGCUCAGCACCCAGCUUCAGCAACAUAUCGGCAAGCAUGUUCACGUUCUCCGUAAACAGAUCCAAAAGGCCCUCGACGACUGCGAAGCCGAACUCAAGUCUCUCGGCGAUGCCAAGGACACUCCGGAGGAGAUGCGCACCGAACUAGUCGAACUCUUCUCGUCGUCCAAGGAACUGGUCAUCCCCGCCGUCUACGGCUUUUACAAGAAUCCGCCCAAGAAGAACUUCUUCCGUGUGACUGCCGACCCAAGGGGAACCCCGGCCCAGAACUUGCGGGCCCGCGCCACCGAAGAAAACGACCGAUUCUCCACGAGGAUCCGGGCCCACGGGCGCAAGUUCGUCUUCUCUACUUCGGCCCCGGUUGCGCCGGGGGAGCCAGCGCCUGAGAACAGCGCCAAGCGAGAAUUUGUGAAGCAGGAAGUCGAGAUGCUGCUGCGCCAGAUCCGCGGCUCAGAGUUCCCGAUGGAUCCAAAGCCGCGGGCCGUCUACAUGCUCUUCCAAAGCUACUCUGAGAACUGGCCGAAGCUAGCCCAAGAGCACAAGGACAAUUUGGGUGUCGUUUGCAACGAGUUCCUAGGCGAGCUGAUCGACUACGCCUGGCCCAAGCGCAUGAGAGAACCCCUCCGCCGCCACUUCCUGGAGCCUCAUAUGAAGGCGCUCAUGGCGAAGGCACAACACGAGUUGGAUCUCCUCAUGCAAGACAUGAGCCUCGAGGUCCAGCCUUACGACCCAGAAUAUGAGGAACGUCUGAGGAACUGGCAUAGCAACUCGUCCAAAGACGGCGCGAGCUUCUCCGAGGCCGAGGAGGUUCUGGAGAAGAUGCUUAUCUACUAUGAGUUAGCUGCCAAGACGUUUAUCAGGAACACCAUCACCCAGGUGGUCGAGCGCCAUCUGCUCCAGGGAAUGUACAGCAUCUUCAACUCGGUCGAGGUCCUGGGUAUGGGCACCGACGUUAUUGAGUCCAUCGCGGCGGAGAACAAGGAGACUAGGGACAGGAGGCAAACGCUGCGAGUGCAGAAAAAGGCCAUCGAGGAGGCCAAGGAGAUUUGCGCGAGUCUAGCCAUGCGAAAAGAGUUGAGAGCAUAUGCCGAAGAUGCCACAAGUGACGCAGAAGAUACUUCCGACGACGAUGAACCCAGAGUCGAUGAGAAGAUGUCACCCGCAAGACACCGCCCAACCUCGACCAGGCGUAUCUCACGACGGCCACCACCGCCGUCGGACAUAGAACCACAAGCACCACAACAAAUAUCAAGCCGAAACUCCGACGCCACCCACGACCCACGAUACUCCCAGCAGCCGCCCGCUCUCCUCCCGACGCCAACCAACGCCUACCCCCAGCCGAGGCCCGACAUGCCGCCCAGCUCAGAACAGACCCUCGGUGACGGCUACACCACCUCGCGCCCGCCCCAGCAAGCCCCGCCACCUCCACCCCCGCCACGGCCGGGUAAGGUGCGGACCGAAGACAAUGGUGGCCAUGGCGCGCAGCAGGGGCAGGGCGGUCAGAGCGGUCAGGCGUACGCCGCGGCGCCGCCCCGGGCGGCAGCACGAACGAGCCAGCCCUCGGCGACGUCCCCCGGGGGGUACUACGCGGAUGCGUACGCGAGCCACAGCCUUUACCCGGCGGAGGCGGCCGAGUUCGAGACGAUGAGGCGACAGGGCAGGAAGGCUUCCGGGAGGGCUUAAGGGUCCCAUGUUUUCCGAGGUUAAGUCCAGGGCGUUCAUUCCAUAUUGACGUUAUAGAGUAUCAUAAAACAUCGGGGUAACAAAGAGUCACGGCUAUAAAUCUACUUCAACCAUCACAAUGAGGUGUAGUUCCAU